UUCUUCCUUUCAUUUUGUUUUCUGUGGAGACCACCAGUUUCUGAGAAUCAUCAUCCACUUUUUGCUGUGUGUCACUCACAACAAACCUUGAUCUUCAUGGUCCUACUACUCUUAAUUCUCUCUCCACAAUCACACACAAUGAUCAACCUUAACCUUCUUACUUUCUAGAUAGAUAACACUGCUUCUCUCUCAAACUCUCACCCAUGAUGUUUAAUUUCCUCUUACUGUUUCAGAUCUCUCACACAGUUAGAUUCUCAAUUUUGCAUAGAUAAGCCCUUCUCUCUCUUUCUCUCUCUUCCAUGGCGUGAAUUUGGGGUGUGUUUGGUAGUGUAAAUAGCAAGAUUUGUUUGUUAGUUAUAGAGUCUUUUGAGGGUUAAGGAAUAGUCUCUUUCUAUUUCACAAGUACUUUUCAAAAGGGUCUUGCAAAGUUUCCAUCUUUUUUUUUUUUAAUUCCUUCUGAAUUGACCAUUGAUCCAUAUAGAGAUAAACUCCUUUUAAAAAUGGAGGUAGAUGGGAAUUUGAACUGGAACGUGUAUUCUAAGCAAAGACUCAUAACAAACUUGUAUCUUCUUUUCAAGUUACUUCUCCUUAAACAGUUAGUUCCCACUUUCAUCUUUGCUUACAUAAUUUGCCAAACCAAUCAACUCUUCAAUUGAUUCUUCCCCCUGCAUAAUAAGAAUUUUGAACUUUUGUGACAUUCAUGGUGUUGUGAUACAAUUAAGGGCCUUGGUUUGCACAGAUUGUAGAUGGACCGAAGGAGUUGGCUAUGGCGAAAGAAAAGUCCCGGCGAAACAGAGAGCUCUGGAUCACAAUCGCCUCAUUCGGAACGAUUCUCUGAUGAUCAGGUAUAUGGCACACAAAUGAAUCAAUCAGCAGAAGUCAUGUCUAAGGUUGAGCCAAAUGAAGAAGAAAUAUCUGAUGUGAAGAUACUAACAGAAAGAUUAUCUUCUGCUCUCUUAGAGAUUAGUACAAAAGAAGAAUUGGUACAGCAACAUGCCAAAGUUGCUGAAGAAGCUGUCUCAGGGUGGGAGAAAGCAGAAAAUGAAUUGUCAAGUUUGAAGAAACAACUUGAUGAUGCAAAGCAGAAUAACUCGGUUCUUGAAGACCGAGUUAGUCACCUUGAUGGAGCACUCAAGGAGUGUAUGAGGCAGCUUAGACAAGCUAGAGAAGAUCAAGAGAAGAAGAAGAUCCAUGAAGUUGCUCCGAACGGAGGGGAAUCCGAGAAGUCUGAGAUUGAGACUCAACUUCAGCAGAGGCUUGAGGAUGUGGAGGAAGAAAAUUCAACUCUUAAAGCCGAGCUUCAUUCUCGACUCGAAGAACUAGAACUCAGAAUAACUGAGAGGGAUUUGAGUACACAAGCUGCUGAAGCAGCAAGCAAACAACACUUGGAGAGUAUAAAGAAGGUAGCUAAGCUUGAAGCUGAGUGCCGAAGACUUAAGGCCAUAGCUCGAAAAACCUUAUCUGCCAAUGAUCAAAGGUCUAUGACUGCUUCUUCAAUCUAUGUAGAGUCUUUAACAGAUAGCACUUCAGAUAGUGGAGAGAGACUAAUGGCAGUUGAAACCGAUAUGCGCAAAUUAGGCGCUUGGGAAACAAACGAACAUGAGCCGAGCCAUUCUGAUUCGUGGGCUAUAAUUGCAGAAGUUGAGCAGUUAAAAAACUCUGCUGGAAAGAAUCUUAUGGUACCUUCAACUGAGAUCAAUUUGAUGGAUGAUUUCCUUGAAAUGGAAAGGCUAGCUGCAAUGCCAGAUACAGAAAGUGGAAGUGGUUUUAUUGUUGUAGGACAUUCGUCGAACCGGCCUAAUGUUGAGCAUGGUUCAAUGAAAUCUGGAGUGGAAGCAUUGGUUCAAAAGAAUGCUGAAUUGGAAAAGAAGCUAGAGAUGGUAGAAUCACAUAAGCUUGAGUUAGAGACAAGUUUAAUUGAGUGCCAGAAGCAGCUCGUGGUGUCAGAGAAUCGAAUAAAGGAAGCAGAGUUGAAGGUAGAAGAGCUUCAAACUCAGUUAGACCUUGUGAAAAAAUCACAUGAAGAAGCAUGUGAAGAACUAAAAGCAAGCCAAGAGAAGAAUGAGAUGGCUGAGUCAAAACUGAAAGUUGCUGAAACUGAGGUGCAAGAAUUGAUUUCAAAAAUAAAUUCAUUGGAUGAAGAGAUUGAAAAGGAGAGAGCUUUAUCUGCUGAGAAUUUGGCCAAGUAUGAAAAGUUGGUGGAAGAGAUUGAAAAAGAGAGAGCUUUGUCUGCUGAGAAUUUGUCCAAGUAUGAGAAACUGGAGGAAGAGAUUGAAAAAGAAAGAGCUUUGUCUGCUGAGAAUUUGGCCAAGUAUGAGAAAUUGGAGGAAGAGAUUGAAAAAGAAAGAGCUUUGUCUGCUGAGAAUUUGUCCAAGUAUGAGAAAUUAGAGGAAGAGAUUGAAAAGGAGAGAGCAAUGUCUGAAAAAGAGAGAGCUUUGUCUAUGGAGAAUUUGGCUAAGUGUGAGAAGUUGGAGAAAGAGAUAUUGAUUAUGAAGUAUGAAGAUGGACUCAAUCGAGACGCCGAGAUACCGCACGGCGAAGGUGUUAGCAGUGAGAUACAGUUAAGACAGGAGAAGGAGCUUGCAUUGGCAGCUAGUAGAUUUUCUGAGUGCAGGAAAACAAUUGAAUCACUUGGACAACAAUUAAAGUCCCUUGCAACAUUAGAAGAUUUUCUUGUUGAUUCAGAUAAGCCUAUGGACUUGGCUUGUGAAGCUGUUACACCAAAUAAUGGUGUUGAGAAGUUGAAAUUACAUAAUAAUAAUAAUAAAAACAACAAAAUCAGUGAUUUGAGUUUGGCCAAAAGAGAUUCUGAACUAUCAGUUUCAGUAAUUAGUAGUCAAUCUGUUAAUAAUGUGAAAAAUCUCAGUAGUUUUGGUAGGUUCCACCCAAGAAGUAAGAGUGUCAGCAAAAGAGGAACUCAUUAACUAAGAAUGGUGGAGAAAAAAGAAAAACAUAAGGUUGAGUUGUAAUUUGUAAAUGAUGUUUAAUAAUUAUUCAAUAUGUAUAAACAAUAUAUGUAUACACAAUAUAUAUACAUCAAAGUUAUAUAUUUUUACAUAUA